AUGGCCGAGGACUCGCCCAAAAGGCGCAAGGCGAAUUUCAACGAGGCGGAGACGGAGGUGCUGAUCGAGCAGGUGCUGAAGCACGAGCAGCUGCUGUUCGCGGCGGGACCCGGCCGCGCCUCCGCGGGCCAGAAGCGGAAGGUGUGGGAGCUGAUCCGGCACAAGGUGAACCCGGUGGCCGCCUGCCCCCGCGACGUGGAGGACCUGAAGAAGCGCUGGCGGGACCUGAAGCGGCGCGACCGCAGCAAGCUGUGCCGCCUCUCGCAGGGCUGCGGGCCGCCGGCGCCCCCCGCCCUCGGCCUCCUGCUGGCCCCCGAGGAGCUGCCGCCCGCCGCCGCUCCGCCCGCCCGCCGCCAGCGCCGCGCCUACGGCUCCCUGCUGCCCGCCGAGGCCGUGCCCAUCGUGGGCGGCAUCGACACGCUGGAGCUGCCCGGCGCCGUCGUGGGGGACAUUGGGUUUAAUGGCAGUCCUGGCCCAUCUCAUCAAUCCAGUCUUGAGCAGAUGAACCUCAAAGAAGAAAUAGUAGUGAAGGUGGUAGAGCCAGAAGAAAACUCUGAGGACAUGGCAGUGGUUCCACCUAGUCAAGAACAACUACCUUUUCUGGGGACAUCAGGUGGUGGUUCCUCUGGGAAAGUAAAAGCCAAAACAAAAAGCACGUCCCAAGCAGACCAAAAUGAAAUGACUGAAGAGGACUUACUGCAGAUUCAGCAGACCCAAAUACAAGUGAUCCAGUCGGGCUUUGACAGCGUCAACCACAAUCUUCGGCUGCUGCAGCAAGGCAUGCAAGAACUGAGUAACAGCAUCAGCAUCAUGGCACAUACGCUUGUUGCUAUCAAGAAUGUCUAUGUGAAAAACAACAGUGGCCCAACCACUCAUGCCACUGCAUCUACUCAGACCACAGCUGGGUACCUGAGCCCAGGAUCCCCCCAGCUUUCCCCUGCUAAGGACAGAGCCAGAGCCCAGGUGGCUGGAAGCAGCAGCAGAAGCAGCAGCUGCAGCUCCAGCUCCAUGUCACAAGAACCAGGUCCUUCCGAGUUUCCUAGGCCCCCCCUGAGAACCAUAAAGAAAGAACAUCCAAAUGGCUGCUACUACUUCUGCUUUGCAGAUGUGUAAAAACUUGAAUAUAUGUAAAAUGACAGUGUUGUUGGAUGCUGAUGUAUGUUCUGCUCCAGCCUGUGACUUUGAAGGAGCGAAGUGGACUUGCCUCCUAUGUUUUUCCCAGUGGGAAAUAUUUUGCUAUAGGUGGCAUUAAACACUAAUUACCAGUCUCCAGUUAACUCUGUUGCAGUUGGCUAAUAAAUUUCUUUUCUUUAUCCUCUUA